AUGUCUGAAGUGAGGAAUACCACACAAGAGCCCUUCUACUUCAUCCUCACGGGCAUCCCUGGGUUUGAGGCUUACCACAUCUGGAUCUCCAUCCCUUUCUGCUGUCUCUAUGCCAUCUCCAUCAUGGGCAACACCACCAUUCUCACUGUGAUCCGCAUAGACCCUUCCCUCCACCAGCCCAUGUACCUGUUUCUCUCCAUGCUGGCCCUGACUGACCUGGGUCUCACCCUCACCACCCUGCCCACGGUCAUGCAGAUCCUCUGGUUCAAUGUUCAAGAAAUCAGCUUUGAAGCUUGCUUUGCACAGUUAUUUUUCAUGCACACCUUCUCCUUCAUGGAAUCUUCUGUUCUGCUGGCCAUGUCCUUUGACCGCUAUGUUGCCAUCUGCCGCCCCUUGCAUUACGUCACCAUCCUCACCAGUGAAGUCAUUGGCAGGAUUGGGAUAGCCAUCAUUGUCCGCUGUGUUCUGGCUGUUCUUCCCUCCCUUUUCCUUCUCAAGCGCCUGCCCUUCUGCCGCUCCCACCUUCUCUCGCACUCCUACUGCCUCCACCAGGAUAUGAUUCGUCUGGUCUGUGCUGACAUCCGGGUCAACAGCUGGUAUGGAUUGGCUAUCGUUUUGCUCAUUAUCGUGAUGGACCCUUUGCUCAUUGUGGGGUCCUAUACACUCAUUCUGAAAAGUGUCCUGGGCACUGCCACUCGGACUGAGAGGCUCCGAGCCCUCAAUAACUGUUUGUCCCACAUUCUGGCUGUUCUAGUCCUUUAUGUUCCUAUGAUUGGAGUUUCCAUGACCCACCGCUUUGCCAAGCACAACUCUCCACUGCUCCAUGUUAUCAUGGCCAAUGUCUACCUGUUGGCACCUCCUGUGAUGAACCCCAUCAUUUACAGUGUAAAGACUAAGCAGAUCCGCCAGGGAAUCUUCCAUCUCCUCCUUCAGAGGAAAGCACACUGA